AUGUCCUCUAUUCCAAAGUUGUUUGAAUCUCUUGUCUACAAGUAUAUUGCUAGCCAUAUAAAACAUUCUAUAGUCGAGGAACAGCACGGAUUCAUUAGGGGGAGGAGUUUGGAAACAAAUUUGUUACAGUUUACUGAGUAUCUCUGUGGGAGUUUGGAUGAUCGAAGUCAGGUUGAUGUGAUAUACACAGAUUUCGAAAAGGCUUUUGACAAGGUGAGCCACUUGUUGUUGAGUAGGAGACUGGCGGAGGUGGGAGUGACUGGAAACCUACUCAGGUGGCUAUCUUCGUAUAUAAGGAAUCGAUCUCAAUAUGUUGUGAUUAACGGAGAGUGCUCCGAUACUUUUUACUGUACUUCUGGUGUGCCGCAGGGUUCACAUCUGGGACCAUUACUUUUCAUAAUAUAUAUCAACGGCUUGAAGGGAUGUUUCAGAUAUUGUGAAUUCCUGCUGUACGCUGAUGAUCUUAAAUUUUUCAGGAGGGUAUCUAGUGUCGACGAUUGUAACAUGAUUCAGGAUGUCUUACUGCCACUGGAGCCUUUUAAUGGCGAAGGCGAAAUAGGUUCCGUAGGAAUACAAUGGGAGAAGUGGAAAAGAGCAUUGGAAAUAUAUUUAGAAGCUGCUAAUGUUCAUGAAGCAUCAAGGAAGAGAGCUACUUUACUUCACUUGGGAGGAUUCGCUAUUCAAGAAAUUUAUUAUAAUUUGCCAGGUGCCCAUGUUACCGAAACUGGGGAAAAUAUAGACGUUAACAAAAGAUCUGUAGAGAAACUAGACGAAUACUUUGCUCCCAAGCAAAGCAAACUUUUUGAAAGACACAUAUUCCGAUUAAUUAAACAAGAGUCAGGAGAAAAGUUCGAAAGGUUCCUCGUACGUUUGAGAAAUCAAGCUCACAAAUGUAAAUUUGUUAGUACAGAAGAAAAUAUCAUCGACCAGAUCGUUGAGAAAUGCCAAUCUGCGGAUUUGAGAAAAAAAGUAUUGACCAUGGGGGAUGCAGUCACACUUGAUGCAAUUAUUGCAGAAGCAAAUGCUCUAGAAGCCGUAACAAGGCAAAUGGAGAAUUUCGAAGAAAAGAAACCGUUUCUAGGAGAUGUACAGGCCGUAGCGACAAAUGGUGGAGGCUCCUGGGAAACACUCUGA